GAGACCGCGCGUUAAAAAAGUGAGUUUGGGCACAACUCACUUCGCCGUUCCCCGACGUGACACGUGUGGAGGCUCACGCGGCGCACAAAGAGUCCUUGUGCGACCACAGCGACGUCAGCGUCUCUCGGGCCCCGCGCCGAGUUGGUCGGGGCCAGCAGCAGCAGCAGCAGCAGCGACGUCACUCCCCGGCGGCGGCGGCGGCAUCAGAGCACCACGGACGGCCAUCCGCGCAGCAACGAGUCGCUCCCGGAACUCGGCGGAGGAAGACGGCGCUGGUCCACGGCUCUCCGCCUACGAAGGGACCGCCUGGACGGACUGCGACUUAGCCGCCUCUGGAGCUCAGUGUCUAAGUAACACCCAGGACCACCAGGCUUGAGCAAACACAAGAUGGUGAUGACCAGUGUGGCAUCCCUCAGAAGGACAUCACUGGCCAUGGACACAGAGAACAGAUGUUUGCAGUGAAGGCUGGAGAGGAGGUAGUACCGGGUGCUGCGUGCCAAGGUGGACCUGGAGGUGUGGAGGAGAGCUGAAGAUCAUGGGUAAAUCAAACAGCAAGCUUAAGCCAGAGGUGGUGGAGGACUUGACAAGGAAAACCUACUUUACUGAGAAAGAGGUGCAACAGUGGUACAAAGGCUUCAUUAAAGAUUGUCCCAGUGGGCAGCUGGAUGCUCUCGGCUUUCAGAAGAUAUACAAGCAGUUCUUUCCUUUUGGAGAUCCCACAAAGUUUGCCUCCUUUGUCUUCAAUGUCUUUGAUGAAAAUAAGGAUGGACGCAUCGAGUUCUCUGAGUUCAUCCAGGCCUUGUCAGUGACAUCCCGGGGGACUCUUGAUGAAAAGUUGAGAUGGGCUUUUAAACUCUAUGACCUUGAUAAUGAUGGCUACAUCACCCGAGAUGAGAUGUUGAACAUCGUCGAUGCCAUAUAUCAGAUGGUGGGGAAUACUGUGGAGCUGCCGGAAGAAGAAAACACACCAGAAAAGCGAGUGGACCGCAUCUUUGCAAUGAUGGACAAGAAUGCAGAUGGGAAGCUGACUCUGCAGGAGUUUCAGGAGGGUUCAAAGGCAGACCCUUCUAUUGUUCAGGCAUUGUCUCUCUAUGAUGGACUUGUGUAGGAAUGUAAGUGGUGAUCGUUCUUACGAUUUCUCGGAUGGAUCCAUCUCUGCAGCCACACGCCAGUCCCACACCAUCACACCUGCCUGGGGAGGAAGCCACAUUUGACCUGCUUCACCCAGAUGUGGACUGCAAACCUUUUUUGUCGCACGACCGUACGGCAUUCGUGUCAAGUAGCUGUUAAUCUACAUUUCCGGUACAAAUGUAUCCUCUGAUGUGACAGAAGUCCAACAUGUCGGCAAAAACCCUCAUUUAUCCGUGCUUCACUUGGCACCGUGUGAGUCUUGUGGACCGUGUACGAGCGUUUCUGCAAACGCAGUGUUGUGGUUUCCCCGUGGACGGUCUGAGGAACUGAAUGCCCCCGAGGUGUUGGUGUGUAUGCGUCUUGGUCACAUACUGUAAACCAGGGGAUGCACAUGGACCGCUCAGAGGAGCUCUGCUGCUGCUCCUCCACCAGAUGCAGAGACUCUAAACCCGGGAGAAUCUGGAAGAAUGUGUGACUCUGUGAUGAUGUGUACAUUGUAUAAUGUAAAUAGAAUGGUAAUUUAUUUUCUGCUUUGCUGCAUUUAUGGGAAUUUCCUCACAAGAAUGGAAUGAAGUUUUAUUUUUUAAUCCAAGUUGUUGAAACGUAUUGCACUGUAUUUUUCCUUUUUAUUGUGGGAUGUAUUUUUUUUUUUCUCCCAUACCGAGGUUUCCUUUUCCUGAGAGAACAGGUUUUUAUUUGAAGAGUGUUUAAUGAGCCGGGAGUUUUCUAUGGUUCAUUUUACUAUGUUUGCAGUCGCUGCAUCCUAUUGUGUUUUUACUUCCCCGUUCCACUUGCGUCUAGUGUCUGCAGUGUUGCACAGCCGCAUCCUGAACGACAUGACCAACCAACACUGCAAAUUCUCACAGCUUGCAUCUGAACCGAGGCUCACUAUUUCCUUUGAGAGCAUCACACUGCCCUCUCAGUCGGCACACACAGAGCUCUGUUCAUUGAGAGGCACACACAGACAUCACUUCUGGUUGUAAAACUUUUAUGCAAGCUUUGUGGUUGCAAUUGUCUACUUUCCCGUGUCAGGCCAGAGAGCAUGUAAUGAUGCCAUUUGUUUUUUUCAGUCUUGAAUUGUUUUAGUUCCAGCAUUUAAGAUGUUUUAUCAGCGUCACUGAUUUGUAUGCCUUAUGCAAAUGAUAAUUUACUGAAUGAUAAAUGUCAUCUACUUGUUGAUUAACAGUAUAAGAGCACAAAAUAAAAUGUAUUUAAGUGAAACACUUUUCUAUUACUGCAUUCUUGGUCUUUGAAACUGAUUAAAAAUACUCUGGUUUAUGUGUUUUAUAUCACUUCUCAAGGCUAUAAUCAAUAUUCCACACACCUGGUGUUCAUUAAAAAUCAUCCCUCCCGUAUUGC